UCGGAUGCCUUUCCACUUCCUGCUGCACUUCCACCUCACGGCCUACCAUGCCACCUUACACCAUCGUCUACUUCCCCGCCCGAGGGCGCUGUGAGGCCAUGCGCAUGUUGCUGGCCGACCAGGGCCAGAGCUGGAAGGAGGAGGUGGUGACCAAGGAGUCCUGGCAGCAGGGCCAACUCAAGGCCUCCUGUUUGUACGGGCAGCUCCCCAAGUUCCAGGACGGAGACUUCACCCUGUACCAGUCCAAUGCCAUCCUGCGUCACCUGGGCCGUUCCCUCGGGCUCUACGGCAAGGACCAGCGGGAGGCGGCGCUGGUGGACAUGGUGAAUGACGGGGUGGAGGACCUCCGCAAGCGCUGUGGUCACCUCAUCCACCACAACUAUGAGGAGGGCAAGGUCCAGUACAUUCAGGAGCUCCCCAAGCACUUGCAGCCUUUUGAGAUCCUUCUGGCCCAGAACCAAGGGGGCCAGGCCUUCAUGGUGGGUGACCAGAUCUCCUUCGCGGAUUACAACCUACUGGACUUGCUGCUGGCCCACCAGGUGCUGGUGCCCGGCUGUCUGGACACCUUCCCGCUGCUCUCAGCCUACGUGGCUCGCCUCAGCGCCCGGCCCAAGCUCAAGGCCUUCCUGGCCUCCCCCGAACAUAUGAACCGCCCUGUCUUUGGAGGCCGUAAGAUCUGAGCUCACGCGCCCUAGCCCUGGGUGAGGGGCUGCCCUUGGGAACCAAUAAAAAGAAUGAG